AUGGUAUCUUUAAUAAGAUACAUCGAUAUCAACAGAAAAGGAGAACUAAUUAAUUUACUAAUGAUUAAUUUUUAAAUCAAAAAUAAUUUAGAAUAAUCAAAAAUUAAUAAUUUAAUGUAAAAUAUGAAGAUAAUGAGAAAUCAUAAACUCUAUACAAUACUGUGCUCAAUUAAUGGAUUAAUCCAAUGUUGUGAAAGCUAUUAUUUCACAAAGUAGACUUUGACAUAAUAAGAAGAUAAUCUAAUUAUAUUGCUCAAUCAAAAUGAAGAUGCAGUCUUUUUUUUUUUAAGAAUUGUAUGCUUGAUAUUAAGUUGUGCAAGUGUCUUUUUUUAUUAUAGAGAGAAUAAGAAAAAUUUGAAUAUUGUUACCAUUCUUAUUUUACUUAUUUGCACACCUCCAAGAGUGAAUGCUAUUGUUCAUAUUGAAGUAGAUUAUCAAAUAGACUCUAUAAUUAGCAUAUUUUCAACUCUCAAGUUUAUUGAAAUUAUCAAAUAUAUUUUAAUCAAUAAUGAAUAUUACAAUAAGAAGCAUUCUUUUUGGUUUUCUUUUAAGAGUCUUAACUAGUUUAGACCUUUAAUGCUAAUUUCAUCAAUUACCCUUCUUUUUAUUUUUGUUUUCAGUUAUAUAAUAUUUGUGCUUGAACUUAACAAACAGCCUGAAUAAUUUAAUUCAAUAUUGUAAAGUGGAUAUUUUGUUAUUGUCGCAGUAACAACAGUCGGUUAUGGAGAUCUGAUACCUAAAACUUACCUUGGAAAAAUAUUUACUAAUUUUCUAUGUCUUUCAGGUUAAGUUUUAUUGAGUCUUCUAGUCAUAAUACUUAUAAGCUUAUUCAACCUUACUGAUUAAGAUUAAGAAAAAAUAAAAGCUUUUGAAAGACCUUAUUCAGAAGAUAAUCAAUUUAGAAUGCUUUUAGGAAGGGUUGACAUACACUCAAAUAUAUCUAAAGUUUAAUAAGGAAUUUUAGAUGAAUUAGAAUUCUUGAUAGAAUCAUUCGAAUACUAAAAACAACAAUAGGUAAAUAAAUAAAUAAAUAAAUAAAUAUUCUUUUUUAUUAUAUUUAAUCGAUGUUUAUAUAAAACAUUUUAAUAAAUCCUAAAAUUUAUAAAUAGAAGCUAGCUAAAAUGGUUAAGUGUUGUAUAUCUUCAUAAGAUUUUAUAUUUAAAUCAGAAUAAUUUAAAUUAAUAAAUUAUUUUUUGGAUAAUUGAUAUUAAAUAUACUUAAAAGUAAGUUUUUUCUUUUAAAACUCAAAUAUUUUAAGAAAAAUAAAUAAAUCUUUUAAAUAAUUUAAAUAAAUUAUAGCAUAACCAACUAAAAUUUUUUAAAUUGAGAAUUAAGUUAAAGCUUGGAAUAAAUCCUCUUUUGUUAAUUUAAAUAAAAUAAAAUAAAAAUUGUCAAUCCAAUAGAUAGAUUGAGAAAUAAUAUCAAAACCCAGAUUAAUAAUAAAUAUUAGUUAACAAUAUUUUUUAGAUAUUUAUUAAAUAAAACUAAAACAUUUAAAAAAUUUUUUAGGUUAAUAAUUUUUUGUAAAAAGUAAACUCUUAAAGAAUUUGA